GAGUACGAUAAUCUGUCAAGACCAGGACCAAGAUCAGCUGACAGUCGCGUCUUGCUUGCCUGAAAACGUUUUUUGACACUGCCAUUACGUCUAGUGCCUGGCAGGUCUCAUAAUACGUCUUCCUUGUCCAUGGCCGAGGGUGACACUUGGCGGUGAGGUCAGAGGUCAACAUUUCAACAAGAGUCACCCAGGGCGGCACGGUGCUGGUUGACCUGGGGUGAGCAGUGACCUGACCACCCUCCCCUUGCCAUGGCCGCACAGGAACCCAAGGAGUAUGGCUUGAUCCUGCCCAGCAAGAACAAGAACAAGGUUGGGGGAGAGCUAGGCACGCGGAAACUCAACCCUCUGCUGGACUCAGAUGACGAGCUGGACCAGGAUGAAGAGUCCCCCCUUAACUGGGUGGAGGCAUCCCUCAAGAAAUCCGCCGGGAACUCAGGUCAGCAGAGUCUACAGAAGCGGCUGCUGCGCGAGGCUCUGGAGGAGGAUGCGUCAGUGUUCCAGUAUGACGAGGUGUAUGACAGCAUGCAGGCCGCCAAGACGGGCCGCCAGGAAGCUAAGGACCCAGCCGCCAAGAAGCCCAAGUACAUCCACAAUCUCCUGAAACACGCAGAGAAACGAAAGCUCGAAGGGGAACGGCGCAACGAGAGGAAGGUGCAGAGGGAGCGCGAGGCCGAGGGGGAGGCGUUUGCGGACAAGGAAUCGUUUGUCACCGCCUCCUACCUCAAGAAGAUGGAGGAGCUGAAGAAAGCGGAGGAGGAGGCCAAUAUACAGGAGAUUAAGGAAGAACAAGUUGAUGUCAUGAAGCACAAGAACUUUGGUGUGUUCUACAGCCAUCUAUUCAAGCAGAGAAUGGGUGAACCGGUUAUCAAGGAGGAACCCAAGAGUGAGGAGGAAGAGGAGGAGAACACCACAGACAAACAGGAGAGUAAGAAAGUCGACAUGAAGCGACAGAAGCAUUACCGCACACAGCGAGACCUGAGUGAGUCCCCAGAGCGCCAGGAGCAGAGAAGAGCCCAGCCUUCUCAGCGCGGCGGCUCCCCCAGCACCUCCGAUUCUGAGGCGGCGGAGAAAGUGGAGUCUUACCGGGACAGACGGAAGCGAUACGACGCCCUAGAGAAGGACAGAGAGAGUGAGAGGGAGAGGAGAGCAAGUAAACCUCAGACAUCCGAUAGAAGAGACAGACGAGAGAGGUCAAGGGAGAGAUACCACGGAAGGGAGAGAGCGGACCAAGAUAGAAGGUACAGAGGGAGGCAGAGAUCCGGGUCCCCUGACAGGCGGCGAAGACACUCCAGGUCGAGGAGUCCUGCGUCAGGGCGGGCAGGAGGAAGCAGAGCGGACAGGCGGGCUCACGGGGCAUCCUCAGUUGCUAGACCAGACAGCCCAGGCAGACCCAUCAAGAAGGAGAGACUCACCCCGAACAGAGACGAGAGUGAGGAGACUAGAGGAGGCACAAGCGACAGGAAAGACACAAAAGACAAAGCCAGCGACAGGAAGACAAGUAAAGGUGAGGACGUGAAGAAGGAAAAGGAAGAAGAGGAAGUGAAAGUGAAGAAGGGAAAGGAAGGGGAAGUGAAGGCAAAGAAAGAAAAUACAGAGGAGGAGAAAGAGAAAAGAGAGGAAAGGAUACAGAAGCUUUUCACCAAGAGGACAGUCGGGGAGAAGUUCGAGGAAGCAGUGCAGCGCUACUACCAGAGGAAGGCGGAGAGAGAGGCUCAAGGGUAAGAUAACAGUAGAGAAAGAAAAAGAUGUGAGAAAGAAUACAAAAACUUCACCAGAGGACAGUCAGAGGAGAAUUUGAUGAAGCAUUGCAAUGACAACCCCCAAGGAAGGCAGAGAGAGGAAGCUUAAGGAUAAGUAAAUAAAGAAGAAGAAAGGGAAGAGAUGGGAAAGGAUACAAAAACUCCAUCAAUAAGACUCUCAUAGAACAAUUUUAUGAAGCAUUGCAAUGAUACCACCAGAGGAAGGCAUUGAGAGAAAGCUUAAGGCCAAGUUAAUAAAGAAGAAAGGGAAGAAGAGAUGGGAAAGGAUACAAAGACUCCAUCAAUAAGACUCACUUACCUUUCUUUGAUAUCCUCCAGUACCUUGCAGUUAAUUUUUCUUAUCAAAUCUCUGUUGCAGGGUUUAGUACAGUACUGCAGCUUUCAUUUAUUGUACAGGUUCCCCCCUCAGUGCUCUGGCCCUCAAACCAAUUGCUUCUUUUUAGCCCAUUUCAACACCAUCAUUGCUCCCACUUCCUCAUCCUCUCCAUUAUCAGCAGACAGCAUUGUUUUUUGUUGCCUUGUGUCAGUCUGCUUCUCUUUAGUCCAUUACUGAUCCAUCAUUGCCCACACUUCCUCCUCCUCUCCGAUUCAGCUGACAGCACUGUACGUCUUUGUUGCUGUGUCAGUUUUCUUGGAUUCCACGUUCCUUUAAUUUUUGUCAACACCUCAAAACCAACCACUUCUUUUUAGCCCAUUUCUACACCAUCAUUGCUCCCACUUCCUUGUUCUCUCCAUUUUCAGGUGACAGCACCUUGUGCUGUUUGUUGCCUUGUGUCAGUGUAUUUGGAUUCCAUAUACCACUAAUUUUUGUCACUCUUACCAUUUCCAGCUGACUUGACACCACACACUCGUUGUUGUCACCUUGUAUCGGAAGGCUGCAAGUUUAGUAUUGAAUUUACAGACAACCCAUUAACUUGUAUUUAUUUAUUUAUUCAUUCAUUUAUUUGUUUAUUCAUUUUCAUUUUUAUGUAAACAGAAACAUACAUAAUAUAAAACAUUUUUAUUCUUAGGUGGGGCACUCUUCACUUUGGUCAAAGGAAAUAAUAUGCAUUAAUGACAAAUUUGACUACCAUGAAAAAUCUAUUCUCCAUAACAUGUAACAUGUUUCUUGGUCCUCCAGCUCAUGCACAAGUUCAGCUUCAUGUGAUCCCUUCAGUAUCAGCUUUGUUACAGCCAGCCAGAACAGUGAUUGCACUCACAAGUUAGGUACGCUGGCCAGGCAUCCAGUGCUCUGUGACCCGUCAUCUGUGUCCGUACAUGGGCCUGCCUCAGCAUCCAUCUCUAGUGUGCAUCAAAUGUUUUUAAGGUCAACUUACUGAACUUUUGAGACUGUGCAACAUUUAAGGGAAGAGAAGCACAGAGACAGACAGGCAUGGGUGCAGAUCACAGACGACUGGAUGCCUGGCCUAGCUCCUCCAUAGUAUUUUCUGCAUAAUGGCUUGAGUCUUCAUGCAUAAAAUAGAUAUCUUUUGUAUUGCCAUCCACUGUAAUUAUAACACAUUAGACAGUGACCCAGAAUGUCUCCUUGCAUGCCAUAAUGAAAGGGCCGACAUCCCUUCCCUGGUACUUUUCCAUCACUACCCGACACCCUCUGUGUUUAGCACUAAGGACCAACUGUUUAAAUGCAGUAAAAAUAAAAGUACAGAAUCAACAAAGAAAAGUCAUUAGUCUUUGUUGUGUCGGCUCAACUUGAAACUACAAAACUUUCAUUUGAAUACAAACCAUUUUUGUCCCCUGAAGAAUUAUAUCACUAAUUGUACCUCAUUGUGAAUGACAGGAGUAACCUUUUAAACCCUGAAGCUGUCAUGAAUAAUGUUUUCAUGAAAACAAAUAGCUUUUGAAACAAGACUACCUGCGAGGAAGUGAAGUAGUUAUGAGAUGCCGUGGAUGAUGAGUGAAAGACCUCAACCUCAGCAGAGAUGAGGCCACAGUUGAUGACAAUGUUCAAACCUUCAUAAAUAUAAAUCAAAUGUACAAAGUAUGUACACAUACAUACAUGGGGUGCUAAAAGGCAGCCUAGCCUACUGUUUGUUUAGGAAUUGUAUGUGACUAUGCAGUGUGUCCCAUGUUGCUGGGGAAUCCCUCCUCACACUAUGACCUAUUUCCAGACACAGAAGCUCCACCCUGAUGGUGCAGAAAACAUUGGCAUCAUUGUAGUUUAGUAGGGAUUAUGAACAGUCUACAACAUUUUAGUUUACAAAUAAUAUCACUGUUAAUAAUGAUAUGGUGCUGGUGAAUUCUUUGAGGUGAAAGACAGGAGAGAUGGAGCAUGACUAUAAGCUAAAGAAGGAUGUAUUUUAUAUAUGAAAUAUAGCCCCAGUUAGGUGUGGAAUGGCCUGCAAGCGAAGGUGGCAGGUGCUAACAACAUAUGAUAUUUACUUAAUGAGAUUGUACAGAAACAAUAUUCAGGUGAGAAUGAGCACAGCUCAAAUCCUGCAUGCUACAAACAGGAGAUAAUGCAAGGUAAAUCACAGCCACACAUGUUCAUCCUAUAAUCUGCAGGUCAUGUCUCCUUAGGCACUGAGGAGAGGUGUACCAGACAUUUUAGCACCUAUUCUGUUGGAGGAUGCGAGGCUACUUGCACAACUCUUGGUGUGGGCAAUAAAAGUGCCACUUCAUAUUAUACUGUAAUGUCCUAGUGUCCACUUUGACAUUGUAAUUGUUUAGUACAAUGGAAUUAAUUGUAUGUGUAUAUGCAGUGUGACAUAUUUUACUGGGGGGUCACUCAUCCCUCACACUAAUACGUUUCCAGGACUUGAGCUGUGCUCAUUCUGACCUGUAUUUUAUUUCUAUUGUCUUUCUUUAAGCAAAAAUCGUAUGUUGUUGGCACCUGUCACCGUUGCUUGCAGGCCAUUCCAUGGGUAACUGGGGGCUAAAGUUCAUAUUACAUAAAAUGUAUCUUUUUAAGCUUAGUCACGCUCCUUCUAUCUUCAGUCUUUCACCUCAAAAAAUCCCUCCUCUUCAUGCUCCAGACUGUAUUCAAGAGUCCAGUGUCUGCCUCUCCCCCUCCUAUUCUCUUGUGAGGGUCAUCUCGAAGUGUUCAACCUUAACAUGUGUCAGCUCAUAAGGUGCCAGACCAUCCAAAACUAUGGUGGUUUCUGAGGCAUCUGCUGAUUAAAUAAGUUAAUUUAAUUAAUUCCCAUUGUGUGGUCAUCCUUAUCCUCCCCAAAUUUCUUAUUGGCCACCUUGAACUGUUCUGGCUCAUCUCUUAUUGCAGUUCCCUGACUGAUGAGCUGUCAGUUUAUAAAAAAUGUGACCUUGACAUUAUUAAAGGAAGCUUUGGUUUCACAGUAUGGCCAUGAAGCAACAGUAUUGAAUGUUUAAAUUUACAAUUUAGAGCCAUUUUUCCGGGUCAUUAACGGCUACAUUGUAAAACAGGAGUCAUUGGUGUCACUCUUCAAUCAAGGUAAAAGAAAGUACAGAUCUGUUUUAACAAAAGUAGUAUACUUAAAUUUGUUUUAAAUGUAUAAAAAAAUAAGUUUCCAUAUGCAAUAAUAAUAAUACAGUAACUAAUUUCUAUAAGGAUUGACAUAAAACAAAUUUAUACCCAGAGAGAAGCCAGUCACACCAUUGUUGUCCCACCAGCCGUGCCACGGAGGCGGCCACCACACAGCCUGUGCCAGGCUGGUCCAGCUGUGUGGAGGCUGCCACAAUAAUAUUAAUAUUAAAAUAUAAAUGACAAUCAGAACCAACAGCUUUAACUAUCUUUUUACAAAACUAUUAUACAGUAAAAGUCCUCUAAUUCCACCAGUCUAAAAAUUCCAAUAGCCCAAAUUUAUGAAGGCAGGUUAUUCUAAUAUGCAGAAAAAGAUAAAAUGAUCCUAAAUCUGGAUGACCCCCCUGCUGUUUAGAAUUACUGACUUUCACUGUACCAUUUUUACAAGGUUUAUGCACUGCAAGAUUCAGAUCCAACUAAUUACUUAUCCAAAAUAAGGCUGUUAAGUGAAGAAAAUAGGUGAAAGUACUGAAAACUAGUACAAGUUUGCCAUACUACCAAAACUGAGGAAGUGAAUUACUGGAGUGUUAAAUGUGGUAGGUAGAGAUGAAAAGGA